AUGUCGAGGGCCUCGCCCCGCCAUGAUGCGACCGCUCAAGAGGGGACGCAACCCGAACCGCUACCCAACUAUGUCAGUCGAGGCCCUCGUCGCCAGUUCGUUCAACUCGCGUGCGAGCGGCUGCUUUCGAGCACGGGGCGCUACAUCAUUGCCAGGACGAUUCAGCUGAUCAUCUUCACCUUUGCACUCGAUCGUUUGACGCCCGUAGAAACUCGGGGAAAAGCUGGGGCAGGGCUCGUUUGGGAGCGUGUACCGGGCGCUCAACUGGCACACAGGAGAGACCUGCGCGGUCAAGCAGAUCGGUCUCACCAACAUCCCAAAGGCGCAAUUACCUGACAUUAUGGUAAGCAUCGAAUGCAGAAAUUCUCACCUCUAGUCUUUGUCGCUGUGACCUGACCAACUUCGCGUUUGGCUCUGCUCCGCUUCGCGCCACAGUCCGAGAUCGACUUGCUCAAGAAUCUGCACCGUGAGGAUCUGACGUUGUCAGACAGCCGCGCCCGCUCGAGCGAUAUGAAGCAUCUGACCUUCGUUGGGGCGACUCACAGACCCCAACAUCGUCCAAUACCGUGGAUUCGUCAAGACGAACGACUCGCUGUACAUCAUCCUGGAAUAUUGCGAGAACGGCUCGCUGCACGCCGUCACGAAAAAGUUUGGCCGCUUCCCCGAAUCGCUCGUCGGGCUUUACAUUCUCCAGGUCCUGCACGGGCUCAUGUACCUCCACGAGCAAGGCGUCAUCCACCGGGAUAUCAAAGGCAGCAAUAUAUUAGCCACCAAAGAGGGAUCAAUCAAGCGUCAGUCCUUUGUUCUGCGCAUUCUCUCCGUCGAGCGUAACUCAGCAUCUGACAAGUCUUCCAAUUCUCUUGUCAAGUCGCCGAUUUUGGUGUCGCAACCCGUGCCGGUGGUCCCUCGGAUUCAGACGUCGUCGGCUCCCCGUAUUGGAUGGCACCCGAAGUGGUCGACCAAUCGGGCGCUACGACGGCCUCUGACGUUUGGUCUCUCGGAGCCCUCGUCAUCGAACUUGUGACCGGGAAACCACCCUACCAUUUCCUCGACCCGAUGCCUGCCCUCUUUCGAAUUGUCAAUGACGACUGUCCGCCAAUACCCGAGGGCGCAUCUCCGGUCGUCAAGGAUUUCUUGCUUCAAUGUUUUCAAAAGGACGCCAAUUUGAGGAUCUCGGCCAAGAAGCUGUUGAGACAUCCGUGGAUGCUGAGUGCCAAACGACAGGUUGAGCAGACGCGGAGGGACCAGAGCAAUGAGGCGUCGACUAGACCCUUGAGUGGCUACUCGGAGUCGGUGCAGAAGGUACAGGAAUGGAAUGAGGCUAUCAAGGGUGAGCUGUGCUGAAUGGCCUUGUGUUCUCACUCAAGCGCUGAUUUGACCUCCUGUGUCCCUACAUUGCUACAGUUGACCCACACCCCUAUCGGCCACAACAACCUCGGCCGUCUAGACCGCCCGCCGACGAGUCACAUCGGAGAGCGAGCGUCGAUCUUAAUUCUGUGCUACAGACAAGACCGACGCCUUCAGUGCCGACACCGCUCCCUACGGCUCAGUCUUUGUUCGCCGUUGCCCAACCCGCUUUGCGCUUGCCUGCCAACCGACAGGAAGAGCCUGACGAUAACUGGGACAACGAUUUUGAAGACGAUAUCUCAAUAGCAAAAAUCGGAUGUGAGAUGGUGCCCGCUGUGCGUCGUCUUUGGCCCAUGAGAUUGACGCUUUGUGUGUUACCUCGCAGUGCUCGACAAGGACAGCAAUUCUUCGAGCGCCCGGUUCCCCGACACUCACGACGAUGAUGACGAGAGUGGCAACUCGGCUACGCUCAGGCCACCGUCCCGCCCCUCUCUCGCUGUAGAUGUGAAGGCCAUGCCGCCCAUCGUUGAAGAUUACUCGGAUUUGGUAUGCGACGAUGAGGCAGCCUUCGAAGGGCGAGUCCUCAGCUUGCAGGUAAGUGCUCGAGGGCCUGGGAUUCACAGAUAGAAGUGAUCAGAACGCCGAGCGAUCGUUCACCUACAGGCUCAAAUCUUCUCGAAGAAGCGAAUUCUCCACCCGAAGGACAUCUCCGACUCGGUGCUCAACACCCAGGUACUCACACCCCCUCCCGCCUCGCCAGGAGCCGAAAGGAGUGCAUCGCUCAGGGGGACCACCCGCCGCCCUCUCGCUCCCCUCAGCAAUGCCGUUUCUUCACCAGCUUGGAGCGGCUCAGCGACACGAUCCGACCCGACUUGCUACGAGAGCAGCCCCGUGGAUGCGACUCGUCGGACCAUGGAAAAGUACAGCGAGGUUGGGAGCGAGGAUUACUCGGAUCUGUUUGGGAAAGUCACAAGCGCAAGCGAGAAUGGCAUAACCACGGCGGAGUCGUUGCGUUUGGCAACGAGGCUGUCUUCGAAAUCCUGGGUGAGUUACGAUUGCUCGCGUUGUCGCUGGAUAUCCCAGCAAGUCGAUCUAAUACGCGACGUCUUUCCAGCUGGGAGAUGUCGACAGCGACGAGGAAGACCCAUUCGCCGAAGUGGACCUCGCAAACGACAUCGAGAGCGGUAGUUUCGAAGCUAAUAUCGCACGGGACAAGCACGCACGUCUAUGCGACGUCGUCAGCGAUCUCAUCGAUGCGAUAUCUGCUGAACACGACGAAGUCACCUUGCGCGAGCUUUCCCUCGAUCUGAUCACGAUUUUGGAAGAAUCGGUUGAGGUUCGGGCGCACUUCACACAAGCCCAUGGAAUGCUUACGGCGAUCGAGUUGUUGCGGGUCACGCGCUCGCGCGAGGUUAUUGCGAUCUUGUUGAGGGUCGUCAAUCUGGUCAUCUCGUCCGAUCCACCGAUUUUGGAGAAGAUCUGUGUGAGUUGUAGCAUCUACGUUCUUCACAGCGAGGUGAACGCGGACUGAAUGAGCUGAAUCGGCUCUCUCAGCUCGUCGGUGGUUGUCCCGUCAUGAUGGUCUUCGCGUCGAACCGAUACUCGCGCGACAUUCGACUUGAGGCAGCACUCUUCGUGGGCUCGGUUUGUCGAACGUCGUUGCUCACGCUCCAGAUGUUCAUUAGUUGCUGUGGUCUGCGAACACUGGUAACGAUGCUCAUGGAUGAGAGCUGUGAGUUCACUCUCGACCGCUCUCGUCGAACUUGAGAUGACCUAAUCGUGAUUGCGCUAUAACAGAUGAGGAGGGUAAAGAUCUUGUCUGGAUGGCCGUGGACGGGAUCAGUCGCGUCUUUGAGAUGCAGGUGAGUCAUAGUCAAAUGGGAUCAACUUAGGCGCUCGACUGAUGCUCGUGACGGCUUGAUUCGUCUAGUUCGCCACGCCUCGCACCGACUUUUGUCGCAUAUUUUCGCAAGAAGGGCUGCUGGAACCCCUGUCGAGUGCGCUGAUCAGCGUCGCCACGGACGAAGACGAGCUGGCUGAGAGUGCACGGGCCAAGAUCGUUAGGAUCUUCCUGCUCUUCGCACAAGCGGAUCACAAGAUCGCCUCAGCUGUUGCGCAACGAGUAGUGGUAUUGCGUGAGUUUCCACGGGAUCCAUUUGCGAUUCCCCAAUCCGUGCUGAUUCGAGUCUGCUCUGUCGGAGAAGGGUUGAUCAAAGCCGUCGGCUUACUGUCCGAGCAAGUGGAUCUGCUCGCGAUCUUACUCAAGACGAUCAAGCAUCUGACCAUGAUUCCGAGCGCGCUCGAGGUGCUCCAAAACGCCAAUGCGAUCGAGGUGCUCGUGCGCGUGCUCUCUCGACAGAUGGAGGGCAAGCUUGCUGCUGUGAGUCUCAGUCAGCGUCGUUUUCGUAAUGGGCAUUGUGCUCAUGAUCAUUCGGAGAACUUAGGAGGUACAAAACCACGUCGUCAACGCGCUCUUCAACCUUUGUCGACUCAGCAAGGCCCGACAAGAGGAGGCAGCGUCUGCAGGGGCCAUCCCUGCGCUCAAGAUGCUCGUUGCGGGCAGUUCGCCUCUCAAGCAAUUCGCUCUACCGAUUCUUUGCGAUUUUGCUCAUGCGAGCAAGACUUGUCGGAGACUGUGAGUGACCUGUGCCUUUCGCGGUUUGAUGACUCUCGGUCAGUCUGCUCACGAACGUGUCUCGGAUUCGACAGUCUCUGGCGCUACGACGGUCUCAAGUUCUAUGUCGGAUUACUCCACGAUCCAUUUUGGUCCAUCGCCGCGAUGGACUCGAUUCUCUCUUGGUUACUUGACGAACCGGCGCGUGUCGAACAGUGCUUGCUCGAACCUUCCGCCGUCCAGUCGCUCAAUCAUCUGUUCUGUACAGCUAAGAGUACGGCCUUUGAUGCGCAUCUUGAACCUCUCAAUAAGGUCAGUCAUACGCAAAAGUCUAUCAUGGCCUUGAGCUUGGAAGCUCACAAGGUACGCAACCCAACAGAUUCUCCGCACUUCGACACCCCUCGCGGCCAAACUCGCUGCGCAGCACGGCUUCUGGAAACGCGUGAUCGACCGUCUAGGCCGGACAAGCAAAACGAUUGCCCGACUGAACCUCUUGCGCCUCGCCAAAACGGCCUGGGAAGCUCUUUCAAUUGAUCGACAAGAACGCGAACGCGUCGCGACGUUGUUGGGUCCUGCGGUAGCUAGACUGGCCAAUCACGAUCAGGCGAUCUUGGUGAAGGAGUUGGCGAAGGAGUUGGGAAAGGAUCUGAAGAGGGUUAGGGAUCGGCAAUUGAGAGGAGGCGUGGGGUUGGGGGUUAGGAAGUUGAGGAGGACUGCUUCGGAUGGGGCGGCGAUGUUGUUCCUGUCCAAGGCGGGGGCUGGCUUGGCGUCGACUACGUCAAGCGCCGGGAGCAGUGAGCUACGGUCGACGCCGUCGACUUCUUCACCGAGGAUAUCGGGUGCGGCAACGCCUCGCUCGACGAGCUCGGGUACACCUCGGACAACGUCGGAUCACCGCCGAUACAGCUCGCUUGCGCGUCGCGAUCCGACCUCGACUCGUUCGCCCUUACCCUGA